AUGCUAGAUACCAGAAGGCUUCCGCGCAACAACUUGGACGAGAGCUAUGCUCGAUCACAUCAAGUCCAACAGGCCAAGUUGGCCAAGUUGGUUGAUGUUGAACUAGGUAUCAUGUAUUGUGAUGUCUAUACAAAGGCUGCAGUGCUUCGGACAAGGAGCGGCAUCAUACUUCGGUGCACCUCUCAAGUAUCAGCUUUCCUUGCCCUUGUGUUCUUCUUCACAGUUGGCAACAAACAGAGGUACAAUAGAGUCGACAUUGCAAUCACAUACAUGUUAUUUAUGGGAUGCUUUUUUCUGGAAGUUUGUGCAAUGUUUAUGAUGGUCAUUGUAUCACCUUGGACGUGGGCUUGGCUUAAGGCUAAGAAGUGGGUUCGGCUCACUCGCAUGUCCUGGACGCUUUUCUCCGGUAAUACUAUUGGAUGGCCAGAGGAGAAGAUGUUGUGGUCAAACAACAUGGGCCAGUACAAUUUUCUGAUCUAUGUGGGCUGCGAGGAAAAGCCAAGUACUCCGUCCAUGUCGGAACGAGUGAUGACCAGGAUCAGGAAGAUCACAAAAGCAGUUGGUGCUGGAGAGGACAAGUUGUUUUGGUUAAGCAAGUCAUUAGAUACGAAGUACGAGGAGGUGGAUGCGGAUAUCACAGAUAGUUUUCUGAAGGACAUUGAAGUCAUUCUCCAAUCCCCUUUCGGAGGAGGACCGAGUAGGCUGUGGCAACAUCUUAGUGCAGUCAUGAUCAAUUUGCAUAUAUCAACAAUAAUACACCUCAGUGAGGUUUCAAGUGUGGAUGUGGAAAUAGUUGCCUUGGUUGGUGUCUGCCGGAAACCAUCCAAUUAUAUGAUGUAUCUCCUUGCUACACACCCUGUUAUGUUGCAGGUCACUGCAACCAGUGCCAAAUCAGUACUACAAGGCUUUCGUAAGAAGUUUAUGAUGAUGAUGACUGGCAGCAUCAGCAAGCCUGUGGUUCUACAAAAUCUCAAAGAGUUGAUAUCGAAGGAGGAUUCCAGGUUGUCUUUGCCCGAACCAUGCAAAGAAACACUGGAGGAGAUGAGAGAUAUGUGGGUGAGGAUCAUCAUAUAUGCCGCUGGCAGGUCGCGGCCAGAGACGCAUGCGACACAGCUGGCCAGAGGACGGGAAUUCCUUACCUUCAUCUGGCUGCUCUUGGCACACAAAAAUCUUGGGUCUUCCACGUCCUUUUCAAUCGAACUUAUUAGCCCACCUCCAAAUUUUGGGCCUUACAGUGAUGUACGAAGUUAUGCCUUUGAUUUUCGCCAAAAUUGA